AUCUCCUGCAGGACAAUGUGAGACACAGAGAGUUGAUCCGACGUAGUUAGCGAGCAGCCAGCCAGCCAGCAUGGAAGUGGGGAUCAUUUAACGCUUCGCGUCGCUGAAUUACGACCUGAAUAUUGUUGGAGAUCCGCAUUUUUGCCCGAGGAAGCGGCCGCAGCGAUGGGAAUACUGCGCUGAGCAGAAAGCGGCGGCAGGGCCAAGAAACGGGAGAAAGAUGGGUGUCGUGCUGCGGAGUCUGUUGUUGUGUAGUUUUUGUUUUCUCAUACGAGGCGUGCCGCUGCUGCUGUAUGCGAACCGGCGGGACCUUCGACUCGUGGACGCGGCACACGAGAAGGCCAACGCCACGGUGGUGGUCGGGGGGUUGGAGGACGCCGCCGCCGUGGACUACGUCUACUCCCAGGGCCUCAUCUACUGGAGCGAUGUGAGCGAGGAGGCCAUCAAACGCACCGUCUUCAACCAGUCCGGGGCCAGCGCGAUCCAGACCGUGGUCCCGGGUCUGGCCUCCCCGGACGGACUGGCCUGCGAUUGGUUAGGGAGUAAACUUUACUGGACGGACUCGGAAACCAAUCGGAUCGAGGUGGCGGAGCUGGACGGGUCUUUGAGGAAAGUUCUGUUCUGGCAGGAGCUGGACCAGCCGAGGGCCAUCGCUCUGGAUCCAGAACGAGGGUACAUGUACUGGACGGACUGGGGCGAGAUCCCAAAGAUCGAGCGGGCAGGGAUGGAUGGGACGAAUCGCUCCAUGAUCAUCGAUAAAGAGAUCUACUGGCCCAACGGGCUGACGCUGGACUACAGCCAGGAGAAACUGUACUGGGCCGACGCCAAGCACAACUUCAUCCACCGCUGCAACCUGGACGGAUCGUCCAGGGAGGUGGUGGUUAAAGGAGAGCUGCCUCACCCGUUCGCCCUCACCCUGUACGAGGACACUCUGUUCUGGACCGACUGGAACACCCACUCCAUCCACUCCUGCAGGAAGCAGACCGGAGCAGAACAGCGCAUCGUCCACUCCGACAUCUUCUCCCCCAUGGACAUCCACGUCUUCAGCGCCAAGAGACAAAAGAUCAUAGUGAGCAGUCCCUGCUCUGUGAAGAACGGAGGGUGUUCCCACCUCUGUCUCCUGUCCCCAGUCAAGCCCUUCUAUCAGUGCGCCUGUCCCACCGGAGUCCAGCUGCUGGAGGACGGGAAGACCUGCAGAGACGGUGCCACUCAGAUGCUGCUGUUGGCUCGGCGGACAGACCUGCGGCGAAUCUCUCUGGACACGCCGGACUUCACCGACAUCAUUCUGCAGGUGGAUGACAUCCGCCACGCCAUCGCCAUCGACUACGACCCGGUGGAGGGAUACAUCUACUGGACGGACGACGACGUGAAGGCCAUCCGCCGCUCCCUGCUGGACGGCGGCGACGCCCAGUUCGUGGUCACGUCUCAGGUGAACCAUCCCGACGGCAUCGCCGUAGACUGGAUCGCCCGGAACCUCUACUGGACCGACACCGGGACGGACCGCAUCGAGGUGACCCGGCUCAAUGGGACCAUGCGCAAAAUCCUGAUCUCUGAAGACCUGGACGAGCCCAGAGCCAUCGUACUGGACCCCAUGGCUGGGUACAUGUACUGGACCGACUGGGGCGAGGUGCCGAAGAUCGAGCGAGCCGAUCUGGACGGGAUGGAGCGGGUGGUGAUGGUCAACACCUCCCUGGGCUGGCCCAACGGCCUCGCCCUCGACUACGACGAGCGCAGGAUCUACUGGGGAGACGCCAAGACGGAUAAGAUCGAGGUAAUGAACAUGGACGGGACGGGACGGCGGGUGCUGGUGGAGGACAAGCUUCCUCACAUCUUCGGCUUCACCCUGCUGGGCGACUUCAUCUACUGGACCGACUGGCAGCGUCGCAGCAUCGAACGGGUCCACAAACGCACCGCGGAGCGAGAGUUCAUCAUCGACCAGCUGCCCGACCUCAUGGGCCUGAAGGCCACGUUUGUUCACAAAGCCUUCGGUACGAACCCGUGCGCAGAGAAUAACGGCGGCUGCAGUCACCUCUGCCUCUACAAGCCGCAGGGCGUCCAGUGCGGCUGUCCCAUUGGCCUGGAGCUCAUCGCCGACAUGAGAACCUGCAUCGUCCCCGAGGCCUUCCUGCUCUUCUCCCGCCACACCGACAUCCGCCGCAUCUCCCUGGAGACCAACAACAACAACGUGGCCAUCCCGCUCACCGGCGUCAAGGAGGCCUCGGCGCUCGACUUCGACGUCACCGACAACCGCAUCUACUGGACCGACAUCACUCUGAAGACCAUCAGUCGGGCCUUCAUGAACGGCAGCGCUCUGGAGCACGUGGUGGAGUUCGGUCUGGACUACCCGGAGGGGAUGGCGGUGGACUGGCUGGGGAAGAACCUGUACUGGGCCGACACCGGCACCAACCGUAUCGAGGUGGCCAAGCUGGACGGGCAGCACCGGCAGGUCCUGGUCUGGAAGGAUCUGGACAGUCCACGAGCUCUGGCCCUGGAUCCUGCUGAAGGGUACAUGUACUGGACCGAGUGGGGCGGGAAGCCAAAGAUCGACCGAGCGGCGAUGGACGGGACGGGGCGGAUCACUCUGGUGGCCGACGUGGGCCGAGCCAACGGCCUCACCAUCGACUACGCGGAGCGGCGCCUGUACUGGACCGACCUGGACACCACGCUCAUCGAAUCGUCCAACAUGCUCGGUCAGGACCGGGAGGUGAUAGCCGACGACCUCCCGCAUCCCUUCGGCCUCACCCAGUACCAGGACUACAUCUACUGGACCGACUGGAGCCAGCGCAGCAUCGAACGAGCCAACAAGACCAGCGGUCAGAACCGCACCGUCAUCCAGGGCCACCUGGACUACGUCAUGGACAUCCUGGUGUUUCACUCGUCCAGACAGGGGGGCUGGAACGCCUGCGCCUCCACCAACGGACACUGCUCCCACCUCUGCCUCGCCGUCCCCGUCAGCAGCUUCGUCUGCGGCUGCCCCGCCCACUUCUCCCUCAACUACGACAACAAGACGUGCAGCGCGCCGACUUCCUUCCUGCUGUUCAGCCAGAAAACGGCCAUCAACCGUAUGGUGAUCGACGAGCAGCAGAGUCCGGACAUCAUCCUGCCGAUCCACAGCCUGAGGAACGUCCGAGCCAUCGACUACGACCCGCUGGACAAGCAGCUGUACUGGAUCGACUCCAAGCAGAACGUCAUCCGCCGCGCUCAGGAGGACGGAAACCAGAGUAUGACGGUGGUGUCGAGCUCUCUGGGCGGACCCAGUCAGGGUCUGCAGCUGUACGACCUGAGCAUCGACAUCUACAGCCGUUUCAUCUACUGGACCAGCGAGGUCACCAACGUCAUCAACGUCACCCGGACGGACGGCAGCAGAGUCGGGGUGGUGCUGAGAGGAGAGCACGACAAACCCAGAGCCAUCGUGGUCAACCCCGAGAGAGGGUACAUGUACUUCACCAACCUGCUGGAGCGUUCUCCGAAGAUCGAGCGGGCGGCGCUGGACGGGACGGAGCGCGAGGUUCUGUUCUUCAGCGGUUUGGGGAAACCCGUCGCUCUGGCCAUCGAUAACGAGGUGGGGAAGCUGUUCUGGGUCGACUCCGACCUGCGACGCAUCGAGAGCAGCGACCUCUCCGGAGCCAAUCGGAUCGUGAUCGCGGACUCCAACAUCCUGCAGCCGGUGGGUCUGACGGUGUUCGGGAACCACCUGUACUGGAUCGACAAGCAGCAGCAGAUGAUCGAACGGAUCGACAAGACAACGAGGGAGGGGCGCACCAAGAUCCAGGCUCGCAUCACCUACCUGAGCGACAUCCACGCCGUCCACGAGCUGGACAUGAGGGAGUACAGUAAACACCCGUGUACCUGGGACAACGGCGGCUGCUCCCACAUCUGCAUCGUGAAGGGAGACGGGACGACCCGCUGCUCGUGUCCCGUCCACCUGGUGCUGCUGCAGGACGAGCUGUCCUGCGGAGAACCCCCCACCUGCUCCCCGGAGCAGUUCUCCUGCACGUCCGGCGAGGUGGACUGCAUCCCUCAGGCGUGGCGGUGCGACGGUUACCCCGAGUGCGACGACAGCAGCGACGAGGAGGACUGUCCCGUCUGCUCCGAGUCCGAGUUCCAGUGCGACAGCCGGCAGUGCAUCGACCUGAGCCUCCGCUGCAACGGAGAGAUCAACUGUCAGGACCGCUCCGACGAGAACAAGUGUGAAGGUGAGACAGUGCGUUGUCCUCCGGAUCAGUUCACCUGUUCUAACGGUCAGUGCAUCGGGAAACACAAGAAGUGCGACCACAACAUGGACUGCACCGACAACUCGGACGAGAUGGGCUGCUAUCCGACGGAGGAGCCGCCUCCCCAGCCCAACAACACCAUCGGCUCCAUCGUGGGCGUGGUCAUGGCGUUGUUCGUGGUGGGCGCCGUGUACUUCGUGUGUCAGCGCGUCCUCUGUCCGCAGAUGAAGGACGACGGCGAGACGGUCACCAACGACUUCGUGGUUCACGGGCCGUCGUCGGUGCCGCUGGGAUACGUGCCGCACCCGAGCUCGCUGUCUAGCUCGCUGCCAGCAGGUAUGUCCAGAGGGAAGUCUGUGAUUGGCUCCCUCAGCAUCAUGGGCGGGAGCAGCGGACCUCCGUACGACCGCGCCCACGUGACCGGAGCGUCGUCCAGCAGCUCGUCCAGCACGAAGGGGACGUACUUCCCCCCGAUCCUGAAUCCUCCUCCGUCUCCGGCCACAGUCCGCUCUCAGUACACGAUGGAGUUCGGUUAUUCCUCCAACAGUCCCUCCACGCACAGAUCCUACAGCUACCGGCCCUACACCUACCGUCACUUCGCCCCUCCCACCACCCCCUGCAGCACCGACGUGUGCGACAGCGACUACACGCCGGGACGACGGGCGCCGCUCAAGUCCAGCGCCGCCGCCGCCAAGGGCUACACCAGCGACCUCAACUACGACUCGGAGCCUUUCCCGCCGCCGCCGACGCCCCGCAGCCAGUACCUGUCUGCGGAGGAGAACUGCGAGAGCUGCCCGCCGUCGCCUUACACCGAGCGCAGCUACUCCCACCACCUCUACCCGCCGCCGCCGUCGCCCUGCACGGACUCCUCGUGAGCCGCGUACCCCGACCCCCCCCACCCUCCGCACAGCUCCGCCCCCUCACUGUAAAUAGCAAUUGUGCAUAUUUGAGGUCAAAAAUGGGAACGAGAGACUGACGAAACGGGAGGAGACGCAGGACGACGAACAGAGCUGCAGAACAUUUGUACAUUGAAAAAGAGAAAAACAUAUUUAUAUAUUUUCUAUACAGUGUUUACUGAUGAGUCAUAGAGGUUUGUAUUAAGAAAUUUGUACAUUUUUUUAAGAAAAGUUUUAUUAAAAUCAUCACAAAUAUAAGUUGCCUUAAAGCAGGAGAAAAAGAGGCUGAAGGACAAAAAGGAUGAGAACUGAACAGCGGGACGUUUUAACUUAUCUGAUGCCAAAUAUGAAAAACAUCAGCGGCGACAGGAAGCUGCUGGACGGGAGGCGGGCGCCGCGGCUCGGCGGCCGUCUUCUCUGUAGUUGCCAUGUGAACUGGACGGGGAGGGGCCGGAGAAGAAGCCUGUUUUCAGCGAUGUGGUGCUGGGUCUUUGAUUUGAAUUUACCUCCUCAUUUCCGAAACGGUUCGUAGGAUCGCGUCUGUCGUGGGUGAGAGUCAUGUGACCAGGACGCUCGAGUCCCCAGCGGAAGCAAUAACACUGUAAGGCACAUAUUUAUUACCGAUCGAUCGAACCGAGAGCGCCUCCGAGCAUUGACGAGGCCGACUGAUUAAACUCUACGAGUCCCUGAAGGGUCCCGAGCGAUGCGUUUGGUGCUGAUGAAAACCGUCAGACAAUCGGCCGCUUUGGUUAGUUUGUUGUUUUUUUUACUACGAGACAGCACGAGAAAUAAAAGAUCGGCGGUUUGUCCGCUCCGGGCCUCCGUACACAACACUACAACACUUUCCACUAAACGUCAAGAUCAGGACGUCACAUGACUCGCAUCCAUCAGAUCGUCAUGACGUCGGACGGGAUUUAAACCAAAACGUGCGCUCGUGUUUGACGUCUUCUGUUCUCACUGAAUCGACCCAAAGCUGCACAGCGAACACGUCCGUCAGUCCUCCUCCACCUUUUGGCGUUUGGUUUUUAAUCCUCGUCGUCACGCGUGGAGGAAGCGGCGUUUCCACCGUGAACACGAUCUUGUGCCUGAGCAGUUCCACAUCUCCGCAUCCUUUUUAUUUUUAUGUUGUCGUUACUUUGAGGAAAAAACAAAGGAAAUCCAGUGCCCACUAAAUGCUAUAUAGUAUUUUUGUACCACAUAUUGUGUAGAUAACGUAUUUAUAAGCUAUAUAGAAAAUCAUUGUAAAUCUAUCCAUUGAAUUCUUGCAGUACUUUUCAUUCCGUCUUUUUUUAUAUUGCCUCAUUCUAUUUUUCUACAGAAUUUCACUCCAAACGUUCGGCGACAAUCUCAGAUCAGUCAAAUCGAAGAACAUAUCAGACUCGUAGCGUCUGUUCAUGAAAGUCAACCUGAUGUUUGAUGUUUGAAGGACUGUUGUGCCAAAAGAGUCUUUUUAAACCACGUGGAGGCAGAAACGUUGGGACCAGAAGAGAAACGCGAGGCGGCAUCCGUUCUGUUGCCUUGACGCUCGUCAAACAUCUGUUUUUUUGUAAAUCUGUUCUUGUCUUUGUGCUUCUGUGACGACCAGAAAUCUAUUUUUCAAGAAAACUCGUAGCAUUGUCUAACCGUGGGAGGAGCGUCUUUCAUCCCGCCGUCAAACGUCCUGAAGAGAGAAAUAACACCAGCAUGAAUCUGACAAUCUUAAAGCUCCACACAUCGUCAGUCUGUCAGUGGAAGUUUGUCUUUAACAGCGUUUCCUGUCUUUUCUUUAACAUCGAAAGCACAAAAAGCAUCUUGUCUUAACGAGGCAUUUUACUCUUUGGAGACAUUUUUUAAUUAAAAAAACAAACGAUCCUUGAACCUGAUUUGUUAAAGUCGAGUAAUCUGAUCAUAACGUCUCUUUUUUACAGCGAUUUUAAGAGUCAUCAGAAAAUUAAAAUAAAAACACCAAAUAUCCACGACGACGCUCAGGGCUGCUGUCCUCACACGCUUUGGUACGGAAAGCAAAAAAAACCUUUUUUUUUUGAUUGUGUAAAAAUAUUCCAGUGUUCUUCUGUCUGAAACUGAAAAGUUGAAAUUAGAAACAGAACAAACGUUCAGUCCAGAUUCAAGCUGUUUGAUCCUGCAGAUCAUUUACCUUCAUUUUGGGACACAAUAAGGCAGGAAGACGGUCUGUGAUCGAGAAAACGGUUCUUGAUUCUACAAACAGAAAGUUGAAAGAUAUUUUUGGCAUCUUGUGCGUUCCAGUUUUACUUUGUGCAGAAUUGAGAAUUAAAGUUGUUCGAUCGUAUCGAGAAUAACUUUUGCUCACUGCGCACAGAUUAAUAUCUUGGUACCAAAGGUGUUGCCCAACGUGACUUUAACCUGUAAAAUAUUUGCAGAAAUGAUUCUCUGUGUGCACAAGAUAUGAAGAAUAUCUUGAUGGACUUGAUGGAGCUCCAUAGAUGUGUUUUUCUCCAGGACAGUAACACUGUGCAGAAACCCGAACCACCAAAACCAGUGACGAUGCCAAACGUCCAGUAUAUCUUAGACCAGUACACGAAUUUAUAGUUUUGGCUCCCCGCUGCCUCCAUACACCCUCAGCAUCUGUCCACACGUGUCGACCAGCUGAGCUACCUGUGGUACAAUCACCUCCUAACACAUCCAGGUGUGUUUUCAGGCCUGCGCACAUUCGCAUCAAAUCCACACAUUUUGGAGACGUUCUCAUUCUCUAACUGCACUUUACAGGACUUUUAUUUUUUUAGAUGAUUUCUGGUACAAAACUUCAGAGUUGUGCAGCUGGAGGAAAGUUGUGUAACGGUGGACGUUUGGUUUGUGUGUUAGAAGAGUCCGACAGAGACAGCUGACUUGAUGAAGAGGAGGUUUCUGACUCAUCAGUCAGAGUCUGGGAUCUAGUCAGAGUCCGGGAUCUGGUUGGAAAAUCAUUCUCUUCCUCUGCUGAUUAUUAUUAUUAUUACUUUAGUAAAACGAGCCCUCGGUUUUCCUCAUUUGCUCCUUCCAUUAAUAAUUUGAGUUUUCUAAGGAUUAAAAUUUGAUUCCUUCUGUGUUCGCUGCUCUUCUGUUUCUAAAGAUCCUUUAUGAUCUGAUAACGUCUGUACGAUCAGUUAUCCUGUAAAUCCACUCAGACAAAAGUCUCAAACUAUUAAAUCUUAAAGGUAGAAUCAAAGUGACAAAAUAUUUAAUGGCAGUGAGUGAGUUCAGAAAUCUGAGGACUCGAUGUGAAGUUUCUGAGGGUGUUAACGAAGUUAACGAGGGUUUAAAUGACUGACGGAGUGAAAGAGGCGCAGUCAGAACACUAACUGCUGAUUUCACUUUAAAUCUGAUGUUAAUUAUGGUUUGGUUUGGUUUUUUAGUCCGAAACAGAAAACAAAACAAAAGAAGCCAAAUUCCUCCAGAAUCACUGUGCUGACUUUCACUCUUUUUCACCUGAGCUUUCGACACUGAGAGAAUGAUCUUCCUCCUGACUCCUUUCGGGCUCGACUGAAAGAAACGAGACAAAUCAAACUGUAAAAUGUGAAGGCGACGCCUCGGCGUCAUGCCAACGUUUGGUACUUCUCUGAGUCGAAAGUGGAUUUUUUGUACAGAUUGUGAUGAACGUGGUUGAAAAGGGUCAAAGAAAGUAGAAAUGUAAAAAGAUUGAAAAAGUCAUUUUUUAAAAAGCACUUUUGUCUCCAGGUUUUCUCGGAGGUUCGACAGGAAAACAGAAGUUUGUGUCGUCGUUUUUGAAAUGUUGUCCUUCAUCCGUUUGCUCUCAUGGUGCUUUAUGAGGACGUUUGUGGAGAUGACCAACAUUUGGUUCGUCGUGUUCGUUUAGUUUCCACUAACUCUCCGUUUUUAUACGAUGACUGCUUUACCUGUACACCAGAGUAUCAGAUGGACCUGUACAGCCCAUCCAGCUGCCACCAUAAGCUGUUGUAACUCAUGAAAUGCUGAUUUUUUCUCUUUUUGUUAAAUAUAAAGUGAGUGAACUUUUA